UCAGUUAGUCAUUGCUUGUCCUACUUUUCUGAAGUCAAGGAGUACUCACAUAAAGAGCAACUUGUUCAGUGACAGAAAAGGUCAUUUCUGCUGGCCAGCCACUUGGAAAGGAGACAGGAAGCGUAUUAUUUUUAAAAGCUGAGAGUCCGAGAGCAUCGCCGCGAGCAGCUGCCAGCAGAGAUGGGUUCUGCCUCCUCCAGCUCCCAGCUCACCUCCAGCCGGGUACUAGCUCUGGCUGCCCUGGCGCUAGUCCUACUGCUGUGCCUGGGGCCAAAUGGCACAAGAGGAAACAAACUCAAGCUCAUGCUUCAAAAACGAGAAGCAUCUGAUCCAACUAAGACAGAAGUUUCAGUAGGUGAAAGCAAAGCAAAGGAAUUUUUAAGCAACUUGAAACGCCAGAAACGCCAGCUGUGGGAUCGAAGUCAGCCAGAUGUGCAGCAGUGGUAUCAGCAAUUUCUCUACAUGGGUUUUGAUGAAACUAAAUUUGAAGAUGAUGUUACAUAUUGGAUAAACAGAGGCCGAGAUGGCCAUGACUACUAUGGAGGUUACUACCAGCGUCAUUAUGAUGAAGAUGCAGCCAUUGGACCUCGGCAUCCCCACGUAUACAGGCACGGAGCCAGUGUCAACUAUGACGAUUAUUGAGUGCCUUCUCUGAUGUUCUGGAUAAGGCACCAGGUUGUUUUUUUAAGUUUUUAAUUUACCUCACAGGGUUGUUGUGAGGAUCAACGGCAAUAAUGUGUGUGUCAAGCACUGCAAACCAUAAGCACCAUAUAACUGUGAGCUAUUAUUCCUAUUUUACUAGUGCAUUUUGAAAGAGAUUUUGUUUGUUUGUUAUAAAUUUAGUCACUGCCAAACAAAAAAAAAAACUUGUCCAUGUCCUUCUAUAAGUUCAGUGUUGGGGUCCACUCCACAUAACUGUCAUUUUUCUGUCAUGGAAGAAGAAAUGAAAUUAUGCAAAAAGUCUAAAGUUUGAUUUAAAAAACAAACAGGGGCAGCUAGGUGGCACAGUGAGUAGAGCACCAGCCCUGGAAUCAGGAGGACCUGAGUUCAAAUAUGACCUCAGACACUUGGCACACUUACUAGCACACUUACUAGCUGUGUGACCUUGGGCAAGUCACUUAACCCCAAUUGCCCUGCCUUCCCCCCUCAAAAAAAAAGAAAAGACAAAAAACAAACAAACAACAAUCAUCAAGGCUGGUACAGAGGAUGCCAGAAAAUCUUAGGGCAGCAUCUUAAUACAGCCCUAAAACUUUUUGGGACACCCUGUGUAUUAACUUUAAAGAAAUAAUCUGAGUAGUAUUUUAUUCGCUUCUGUGUCUCUAUUUCUUGUGUGUAUCUUUUAUCAGAUCUUGUUGCUCCUUUUUAAAAAAAUAAUCAUAGCAAGUGUACUCGUUUUGAUAUUGUAUUCUUCAUUCUACAUCUCUUUCUAUAGAUCUUGCCAUGUUUGUACUCUUAUACUUGUCAUUUCUGAAUGGUACCAUAAUCCAUUCUGAUGUAUUUUCUAAUUCCUGCUAUGAUUCUGUUUUAUUUUAAUCCAUGUAUAUCCUUUUGUUUAUGACUCUAAUGCAAUUGCUAAAGAAUAAUAGAAAUGUCAUCUGAAGUUUGAUGUAGGUAUGUAUUGAUAUCCUAUAUCUUAUACCAGAAAUAAACUUUUGCUUAAAAAUG